AUGGAGGCAGCAUUAAUUUCUCUUUUAAAUUGUCCCAUUUGCUAUACUCGGGUGCGUCCACCCGUUUAUCAGUGUACAAACGGACAUAUUGUAUGCGCCGACUGUCGUCCCCGCAUUACUAACUGUCACACCUGUCGAGAACCAUUAGGACACAUACGAAGCUUAAUCGCAGAACAGAUAGCAGGCACCAUACAGGCCCCGUGCGAGUUUCAACCCUUUGGAUGUCCGGAAUUGUUACAAGAAGACAACCGGCGAACCCAUGAAGAAUCCUGCAACUUCCGACCUCUUUUAUGCCCGUUCCGCUCAGCCAAUUGUUUGUGGGAAGGUGCACAUUCCUUUCUUCGUCAACACAUCAACGCCUCACAUCCACAAGUACCUACCAUACAAAAGGACAUCAUCUUUUUCGGAGGAAUUGAUUUCCAAAUUACAAGAGGCACUUGGGCUGCCAUCUUGGAGUGUUACUCCCAGUCCUUCUUAUUAUUAAUAUCCUCCCAACUUCCCGACCAUCCUAUCUUUACUAUCCAUCUUUACUUUUUAGAUAAGCCUUCCUCUCUUAUUCAAUUCAGAUACAACAUUAAAUUUAAAAAAGGUGAUCACAUACUGCGCUGGGGCUCUAUUGUUUCUGAAAUAUAUGGAGAACAUCCAAACCCCUCUUCUCACCCUGUUCCUUGGAUGGCCGAAGAUCAGGAAUGGCAGAGCUUUACCCCUUCACCUUCUCCACCUCUAACAACUACUACAACUACUCCCACCACUACAACCCGCGAAGUCAACGUUGAUGCAGUACAAGCAGCUAUCCGCUUCGCUCAAGCACAACCUCAAACCUUUCAAAGCGUUCCUAUCACCCUCAUCUUACCUAUAAAUUAUAGCUGCCCUCCUCACUUAGAGCAAGCCUUACAAGCGGCCAAUCUACCAUCCUUAACCUGGACCAACAUUCAACCACAUGCUUCUCGUACUCCUGUACUUAGUCCUCCGACCGGUUCCAGACCUCCUCGNGAAUAG